GUAGUAAAAUUGAUUAACGUAAUUACGUAGUAUUUCCCUACGCAACGCAACGUGUCCCUGUUCUGUUGACUGGGAAGCCCCUAGCGCGGAGCUGCCAACGCCCGGCGUAAAGACACAAAUAGAGGAUACGAUCUUGAAUGAGUAGUGAAGACUGUAAAACACAGCUAUGCAGACCAUCAAGUGUGUUGUAGUUGGGGACGGUGCUGUGGGUAAAACCUGCCUGCUCAUCUCUUACACCACAAACAAGUUUCCCUCUGAAUAUGUACCUACGGUGUUUGAUAACUAUGCUGUAACUGUAAUGAUUGGAGGCGAGCCCUACACUCUGGGCUUGUUUGAUACAGCAGGUCAGGAAGACUACGACAGGUUACGGCCUCUGAGUUAUCCUCAAACAGAUGUCUUCCUUGUCUGUUUCUCCGUUGUGUCCCCCUCUUCCUUUGAAAACGUUAAAGAAAAGUGGGUUCCAGAGAUCACCCAUCACUGUCCAAAGACCCCCUUCCUCCUAGUGGGGACUCAGAUUGACUUGCGGGAUGACCCAUCAACUAUAGAGAAGCUGGCCAAGAACAAGCAAAAGCCCAUCACUCCGGAGACAGCCGAAAAGCUGGCAAGAGACCUCAAGGCUGUGAAAUACGUGGAGUGCUCAGCCCUCACACAGCGAGGGCUGAAGAAUGUAUUUGACGAAGCUAUCCUAGCUGCCCUAGAGCCACCUGAGACGCAGAGAAAGAGGAAAUGCUGUAUAUUUUAAACUCUAUGUGCCACUUCUCUCAUCUCAUGUCUUCCUCCUCUGAUCGCCAUUAUUCUCUGCAUUUUUCAUUCCUUUACCCCAUCUCUCUCCUUUCCUCUCUACCCCUCACUCUGUCUCUUUACAUGUGCUGCUUUUUAAAUCUAGACCAGUCUCAAUCUCAGCCAUCCCACUAACCACUCCAUCAUUCUGAUACCGGUCUAACUCUCAAUACAAACUACUCUGUAUUGACAGUGCAUUCCAACUAAUCUCUGUCUUCUGGCCUGAUUCGCUCAAGGCCGUUUCUGCACUUCAACGACUUGUUGCCUUUUCUAACCUGUAACUGCUGACAACUGGUUAGGUGUGGUAACGUACUUUAUAUCUUAUUCACAGAGUGGUUUAUGUUUGCUUAGUUUUACAUCAUAAAUCUUGUAGGUCACCAGUGUAACAUUUUUAGUUUUCCCACUUUGACCCAGUGCUCAUUAAUGUGGCCCUUGGCCAACAGUAGAGCCAUAUUUUACAGAGGAUGUAGGAUGUAAUUUGGGAUGUAGCCAUUGUUUUAGUUAGUCUUUCCUCCCUGUCUUGGGGUCUAUUCCAGAAAGGAGGUUUAACAAACUCUGAGCCUAACCCUGGAUUCUGAGUUGAUGGGCCCUGAGAUGGGAAACUGAGUUAUUGGUUCCAGAACAGCUGAUCAGAGUCAGUUCAAUCAACUGAGUACGUUCACUCUGAGUUAAGCAGGUGCCAGGUUAAGCAAAAAAAAUGCCAUCAUCAGUGGAGCUCCGAUAAUGCCAUUCACCAUGGCAACAGGUGAAUAAAGAACAGAGCUUCCAUUUUAAUCCAGUUGAGCUAGAAGAUUAAUGUUUGGUAAUGCACACGUAUCUUUACAAAACAGCAGCAGUGAAAGAGCCUGAGAUGGAGGAAAGAGUCAAUAAGUGAACACUGUUACGUUUUAUUCAGCGUAGGCAACUAGACCACAUCAUUUUGCAGGCUUCAAUUUCCUUAAUGAAUGCUAAAGUGCUGAAAUCCUACUGUUUGUUAGAUUCAAUUUUUAAAUAUAUUCAUUCACUUGUAACGUGAUGACGACAAAGUGCUGGUGGUAGCUGAAGAUGAAAAUAUAGAUCAAACAGGUAGACACAACUUUAUAGAUCUAUGAUAUAAGCUCAUAGCCUGACCCAGUAACAGCCUCAUGACUUUGGUUGCAGUUGAAAAAGCAUUGAGCUUAAAACUGAGUGCAAAUUUUCGGAUGUCCAUUUUACAUUUAAAAAUCUUGCUCAGCAGCAUUUAAUGACUAUAUUUCAGACUGUAAUAAAUUUAAAUGUAGUGAUUGAAAUGCUGUCAAAAAAAGGUCAGACUGUAUGCAGCCUAUAUUCAAAAAGUCACUUUUUAAAAACCACAUCUAGUCCAGUUUUUAAAUGUUUGUCUUUUGAGCUGCACUACAAUCAUCUUCCCUCAGAAAUAUCACAUAAUAUACAGUCUGAUAUGAUAACUAUGGUAGGAAUGUCCCAUCAGGGCGACCAUUUACCAGUCACACCAUGAGAAAUGAUUAUUCAUAGAUCAGUGUCUAAAGCUUCACACAGAUUUUUGCAGCAGUUAUUGCACGGUAAGUGUUUCAGUGCAGGGGAAAUGAUUGACAACUUGACAGUUGGGGUAACACACUAAUGUUCAGUCGGGAUUUUAAUCUACUGCCAAGGUAAACUUAACACGCUCCAAUACGCACUUUGAUAACAACUGUAUGAAUGAGAAAAUGGAACUCGUGUUGACAGAAACUCGGGUUUUUCACUGAGUAAGUUACCAUGGUAACUGACUCCGAGUUAAAGUAAUUUCAGUUUCUGAAACAGAAAACCCGGAGUUUCCCUCAUCUCAGGGUUAACAAACUCAGUUUUUUAACUAAACCCACUCAGGGCCCUGUAGUAGUAUUUAAUGUGGGGAGGAUUUGGACUACAGUAAGGGCGGUGGAUUUACAUGGCACCACACUGAGAUUCAUCUCAACACUAAACAGAGCUUCCAUUUCUAAUGCUAAUGUAUUUUUUGUACUACCGUUGAUGUAUGAUAAAGCAGAACUUGGAAUCUGACUAUGGGUGAUAUACAAUACAUUCAGAAAAUAUUUAUACCCAUUCCCUUUUUUUACAUUUUGAUAUGUUGCAGCCUUAUGCUAAAAUUUUUUAGCUAAUUUUUUUCCCUCAUUAAU